AAAAGAAAGAGAGAGAUGGAGAAACAGGUAACUGGGAUGAAAGAAGGCAGAUAUCUGGCUCUUACAGAGGAACAGACCAGAGACACCGCGCGCGUGGUGUUAACAGGCUGCGCGCGCGCGCGGUGUCUCUGAGCAGCAGGUGUAAACAUGCCGGAGCCUCCGGGUUCCUCUAGGCAGGAAAAGAAAAAGUACAACGCAACCAUCCAGCGUGUAAGCUGUAUUUUAAAUACGUACACUGACGUCAAACUGCCAAUCAUUCCAGUAUCAUUGGACGUCACUCACUACGUCACAGUGCUGCGGUUUUUACUGAUCUCACAAACAGCCGCCACAGAGGUAAAUCCAGCGACGUGUUUCUUUCCGGAGUCGCAUCUCGUGGAUUAACGAGACUGAAAAUCAGCGGUCGUUCCUCCCAACGCAGCGGCCCGUUCCCAGCAUGCAUCACUGCCUCCUCCCUACAUCUGCAGGUUAAACCAGCUGGUGCCAGUUCUGUUCAGCUGAAUGUGACCUCGGUUCCGGCGGUCCAAACAAACCUGUUUGUUUUCUUUCGGACCGGCAGCACCAGCACUGGUCCUCUGAUAAUGGUUCUCCUCCUGUUCUGGUUCUGGAUGUGGUUCUGCUGGUCACCAUGCAGGUCUCUCAGGUCAGUACCGGUCUGUUCCUCAGCAGUCUGGACGCGGCUCUGAACCGUGGCAUGCUGGAGGCCCGGAACGUGACGCUGGUUGUCAACGCCAGCGGCCUCAUGGACGUCUCGUACCCACCGGUCUGCGGGCUGCAGGUUCUACAGGUUCCCAUCCAGGACCGACCCGACGCCCCCCUCAGGGACUUCUUUGGCUCUGUAUCUGAACGGAUCCAACAGAACCAGACGGGGACCACACUGGUCCACUGCACUGCCGGCAGGAGCCGCUCCCCGACUCUGAUAAUGGCCCACCUGAUGAGGUCUGAAGGUCUCAGCCUCCGAAGGGCCCAUGAGCUGGUACUAGAGCAGCGGCCGUUCAUCCGGCCCAACGCCGGGUUCUGGAGGCAGCUGAUGGACUACGAGGCGGUUCUGUUGGGUCGAAACACGGUGAGGAUGACAAGGACCAGUGCUGGGGUUCUGCCUGAGGCCCUGCCCGACCCAGAGAACCCAAACAGCGUCACAGCGUACUGCAUCAAUGUAUGACCCCGAUACGGGUCGGUCCAGACCAGACAGAACCAACCAGAAUAAAUGGAUCAAACCAGAGCAGACAGAACUGACCGGUCCAGCCCAGAACCUCUGAUUUAUCCAGAAUAACCAGAGACCAGAAACGUUACAUCUGAAUAAAUAAA